UGAUUAUUAAAUAUAGAAUGAUAUUUGUUGUGAAUAACAGGAAACAUGGAAACAAUACCUGUUUUUGUUCAUCACGGUGGUUUUUGGAAUGAAGUCAUGGAAUAUGUAAACUUCUGUGUUUUUGGAAUUACUUUGGCUACAAACAACUCUUUUGCUGAUUUGAUUGAAAAGGUAGCAGAUAGGAUUGGAAUACAAACAACAUCAACCUCAUUAAUAGUUCAAUACAAAGUGAGAGACAACUAUCCACCACUAAUGAUACAAGAUAACUCAUCUCUGGUGUUUUAUUUGCAUCUGAAGAAACAAGAUACAGAUGUGACGAAGUUCCCUCUAUGCAUCACCACUGCUGAUGUACAAGAAGAAACAAAUUGCAACAUGUUUCUUGUUGGAAAUAAACAAGUGGAAACAACAUCUGGGAUACAAGAAGGAACACUGUCUGAAGAAAGCUCAACGAUUAGUGAAGAGAUAGACAUUAAUGCUUUUAUAUUAGCAUGGGCAAAUAAAACAACUGAUGAACUGCUACAAGAUAAAUUUGUGGAGUCAGAAGCAACAAAGUGCAACAACAGUGAUGUAUCCCCUGAAGUAGGACUGAUAUACAAGAACCGUGCUGAGUUCAAGAAAGCACUGAAGUUGAAUGCUAUAAAAAAUCACUUCCAGUACAUGACUGAAAAGUCAAAUAAGAUUUGUUUUGUGGCUAAGUGUUUGGAUGAAAAUUGCAGUUGGGAGAUAAAAGCAAGACAAAUUGGAACAAUGGGAAGGUUUAAAGUUGUGAAGCUUGUAAAUACACAUUCCUGCAGAUUAGAAGUAAGAUUAGCAGAUCAAAGGCAUGCAACAUCAAGUUUGGUAGCAGAAUGCAUUCAAUCUAAGCUAUUGGAUCCAAAGGCGCAAUAUAAUGCAACCGAUGUAAAGAGGGACAUGCUACAGGAAUAUGGUGUUGAAAUCAGUUACCUAAAAGCAUGGAGAGCAAAAGAAAAGGCACUAAAUAAACUCAGAGGAAAACCAGAAGAAUCAUAUGGCUUUCUGCCACGGUUCUUGAAUAUUGUGAAACAAACAAAUCCUGGAUCAUUUGUGCAACUUAAAAUUAAUGAAGACAACACAUUCUUGUAUGUCUUCAUGGCUAUUGAAGCAUCAAUUAAGGGCUGGGAAUUUUGCAGACCAGUUAUUGUAGUUGACGGGACAUUUUUGACUGGGAGGUAUGGCAGAACACUGUUAACCGCAUCAACACAAGAUGCUUGUGGAAAAAUAUUCCCUAUUGCAUUUUCUGUAGUUGACUCUGAGAAUGAUGAAUCUUGGAAAUGGUUUUUCAGAAAUAUUAAAGAAGCUUUGGUUUAUAGAAGUGAAAUGGUGAUUGUUUCUGAUAGACAUGAGAGUAUUGCAAAAGCUGUUUUAGAAGUGUAUCCAGAAUCUGGGCAUGGGGUAUGCAUAUACCAUCUAUUCAACAACCUCAAGACAAAGUUCAAAAGAAAAACAAAGAAAAUGAAAGAUAGUUUUUUUGAAGCUGCACAAGCAUAUACCAAAGAUGACUUUGAUUGGCACAUUGAGGAACUGAAGAAACUGGAUGAGGGGAUAGUACCAUAUUUAUACUCAGUUAGGUAUGAAAAAUGGACUAGAUUUUUCUCAACAUCAAAAAGAUACUCAACAAUGACUUCAAAUAUAGCCGAAUCCUUGAAUGCCGCAUUGAAAAAGAUAAAAAAUCUGCCAAUAACUGCGUUGCUACAGUUCUUGCAUGCAUUGGUACAAAUAUGGACACAUAUGAACAGAAAUAUUGCAAGAAACACAUUUACCAAACUUGCAAAAGUUCCACAUGAAACACUAGAGCUGAACUACCUCAAAUGCAUGAAGCUAAAGGUGAUUCCUUCUAGUGAAGCAAUAUUUACUGUUUCUGAAAUGAACACAAGCUUCAUUGUUAACUUAGAGGAGAAGAAUUGCACUUGUAGAAGAUUCCAAAUUGAUGAAUUGCCAUGUAUUCAUGCACUGGCAGUACUCAAAAAGAUGAAUCAAGAGCCAUACAAAUUUUGCUCAUCUUACUACUUAAAGGACACGAUGCAACAAACAUAUCAACGGACUGUGCAUCCAAUUCCAGAUCAGGGGACAUGGCCAAUGAAUACUUGCGAUCAACUGAAAAUCUAUCCCCCACAUGGAAGGAAAAAGUCUGGAAGGCCAAAGAAGCAGAGGUACAAGGCACACUGGGAGAGUACAAGUACACACAAAUGUGGGAAGUGUGGAAACCAAGGGCACAACAGAAAGACAUGUAGGAAUGCACCACAACAGUAGAAAGUUUCUAUAAUGUAGUUUCUAUAAUAUAAUUGUUUUACAAAAUCUCUCAAUUGCUACUGUUCAAACUCAAUUUAAUAUAAAUAUGCAUUCAUAUUGUUAGUGUCC